AUGGAAGACGAUUUUUUUCUUGAUGAUUCUGUAUGGGAAUAUUUUCUUCAAAAAUUAAUUGAAGAGACUAAUGAUUUUGAAUAUUUUGUUCAAAAAAUAGCUGGAGUAUUUUGUUUAUCAGCUGAUAAAGUUAAAGUAUAUCAAAGCAAUAAUCCAAAAGGUCAUACUUUCGAAAGUGAUCUUCAUAAAUUAUUUAACCAGAAUAGGAUAAUUGCCCAUAUAAUUCAAGUUACUAAAGGAGAUGGUGGAUUAGAUUUAUUACUAUCAUAUCAG